GCUGUUGAAGUGGGAGGGGCAAGGAGAGAUGUCUUUCUUACAGAUGUGAGGAGGACGGUGAUUGGUGGAUGAGGAUAGUGUGAGCCGCCGGGAAAGCAAAACAUCGGCUAUGUUUGGUUUUGGCUAGUGCCUGUAAGACAAACGUAAACGUAUAUUUUCCUUCAUAUAUUUAGAUACUGAUAUAUGCAGGCUUAUUAGUUUGGCUGCACAUUUUGGCAUCUAAAAAUUGUGAAGUAACCACUGCCUUUUGGGACUGACGCGAAUAAAACCUGUUUCCCGGCCGCGGGAUCAAAGCUUCCUUGUACUUUGUUAUUACUACAUUAAGCUGUGACGUAGUUCGGACUCUUAAACUGCAGCUCCCAGCACGUCACUGGGAUAAACCAUAGGCUGAAAGGCAGAGAGAGCAAUCGAAGAAAUAUCGCGAGACGUAACCAUAGCGACCUGAGACAGACACAGAACUCGAGCAUCGCUGGGGAGGAAGGCCUGCAUGUGAACGGUGUAUAGCGCAGCCACAGUUAUCCUAUUGUCCUUCACCCUUUGUAUAACCUGGACCAAACUGCUGCCAUCACCAUAGAGUCAUGGUCCCCAUAGGCGCAAAGAUCUUUUGUUGGUGAACGAUCGAUUUCAGUGCAGUCCGACCAAUCCGUCAAAUUAUCGCGAGGCAAGAUGCACCUGAAAACAUCAUUAUUAAAAGAAGCUAAACAUAAAGAGAUUGUUAGCUGCAUAGGAUGGACCUCUGCUGAUGAGUUGUAUUCCUGCAGUGAUGACCACCAGAUUUUGAAAUGGAACUUGUUAACUGGUGAAACAACGCUAGUAGUGAAAUUGUCAGAUGAUACAUAUCCAAUUGAUCUUCACUGGUUACCCAAAAAUGUGGGUAACAGAAAGCAAGCACAGGCCGAAAUGUUUGUGCUAACAAGCUCUGAUGGAAAAUUCCAUCUGAUUUCUAAAUUAGGGAGGCUGGAGAAAAGUGUUGAGGCACAUUCUGGAGCUGUGCUUGCUGGGCUUUGGAAUUAUGAUGGAACUGCUCUGGUUACAGUUGGUGAAGAUGGACAUGUAAAAAUAUGGUCAAAGAGUGGCAUGCUGAGAUCCACCUUGGCACAGAAUGGUUCUCCAGUUUACUCUGUGGCCUGGAGUCCUGAUUCAGAGAAAGUUCUUUACCCCUUAGGAAAGCAGCUAAUCAUCAAGCCACUUCAGCCAAGUUCCAAAGUUCUGCAGUGGAAAGCACACGAUGGGAUCAUUUUAAGUGUUGACUGGAAUUCUGUCAAUGAUCUUAUCCUGUCAGCAGGAGAGGACUGUACAUAUAAGGUCUGGGACCGCAAUGGCCGCAACUUAUACAGCUCUGCGUCUCAUGAGUAUCCAAUAACUUCUGUGUCCUGGGCACCUGAUGGGGAACUGUUUGCUGUGGGAUCCUUCCAUACUUUGCGCCUGUGUGAUAAAACUGGGUGGUCUUAUUCCUUGGAAAAGCCAAACACCGGCAGCAUCUUUAGCAUUGCAUGGUCUGUAGACGGUACUCAGAUUGCAGGUGCUUGUGGAAAUGGACAUGUUAUCUUUGCUCAUAUCGUGGAGCAGCACUGGGAGUGGAAGAACUUUGAAGUAACUUUAACAAAAAGGAGAGCAAUGCAGGUUCGGAAUGUGAUUAAUGAUGCUGUUGAUUUACUGGAAUUCCGUGAGCGAGUGAUUAAGGCUUCUUUAAACUAUGGACAUUUAGUAGUCUGUACGUCCCUCCAGUGCUAUGUGUUUAGCACAAAGAAUUGGAACACACCAAUUAUUUUUAGCCUGAAAGAAGGAACUGUUAGUUUGAUUCUACAGUGUGAAAGACAUUUCCUUCUGGUGGAUGGUGGUAGUUUCUGGCUCUAUUCCUAUGAAGGUCGUCUGAUAUCCUCGCCAAAGGUACCUGGAAUUAGAACAGAUAUUCUCAAUGAACAGAGUGUGUCACUGAGUAAUGACACCAUAGCUAUUAAGGACAAAGCGGAUGAAAAGUCUAUCUACUUGUUUGAUGCCCUCUCAGGAAAAACACUAGGUGAUGGCAAGCCCCUUACACACGAGAAGGAAAUACUAGAAAUAGCUCUUGACCAAGGAGGACCAUCAAAUGAAAGGAAAAUUGCAUUCAUUGACAAAAAUCAAGACCUGUACAUCUGUCCAGUAAGAAAUUUUGGAAAAGAACAGAAAUCAGUUCAGAUUGGUGCUUCAGUACACAUGUUAGCCUGGAACGACACGUUCAGUAUACUCUGUGGACUUCAAGAAUAUCGUGUUCUGAUUUGGUACUAUCCCAAUGUAGUUUAUGUAGACAAAGAUCUUCUGCCAAAAACAAUUCUGGAAAAAGAAGGAAGUGAAUUCAGCAAAUCUCCUCAAAUUGUGAGCUUUGUCGGCAACAGAGUGACGAUCCGAAGGAGUGAUGGCUCACUUAUACACACUAAUAUAUCCCCAUAUCCGGCAAUUCUUCAUGGAUAUGUCAGUUCUUCCAAAUGGGAUGAUGCUGUGAGACUUUGUAGUUCUGUUAAGGAGCAAACCAUGUGGUCUUGUCUAGCUGCCAUGGCCAUUGGAAGUAAAGAGUUGACAACAGCACAAGCAGCAUAUGCAGCAAUUGGCAAUCUUGAUAAAGUUCAGUACAUCAAUUCCAUAAAAGACCUACCAUCAAAGGAGUCGAGAUUGGCUAACAUCCAGUUGCUCAGCGGGAGCAUUCAAGAAGCUGUGCUACUACAAGCUGGUCUUAUUUACCAAGCCAUCCAGCUGAACAUUGACUCUUACAACUGGGACAGGGCAUUAGAGUUAGCAGUGAAACACAAAACCCACGUCGAUACUGUUUUGGCAUAUCGACAAAAGUAUCUGGAUAACUUCAGCAAGAAAGAAACCAACAAGAGAUUUCUGCAGUAUGCGGAGGGUGUCCAAGUAGACUGGGAGAAAAUAAAUGCCAAAAUUGAGAUGGAACUCCUUAAAGAAAGAGAGAGAGCAUCUGCUGGUUCAAUUGGUACCACGAUGAGAAGCAGUGUCUCCAUAAAUCCCUAAUGAGCCUAGGCCUGCAUUCUACAUUACCUUUAGUUCUUUUGUGUUUAGAUACAGCUUUUUAUUCUGGAGACCAGUUUAUGAUUGGACUGUGUUAUUGUCUAUGUUCAAUGACUGUUUUGAUCAAUUAAAUAAAUACCUUUAAUAGUGUAUCUUUUUAUGUAUAAAUUAUUUUCUAUUGUUAAAUGCACAUCAUUUCAUAUUUAUAAUGUAAAGUAUAUUUUGCACAUUUUAAAACUAUUGUUAUGAAUAAAACAAGUCUUUAUAUUG